GCACAGUCGAGUAUAUAAGGCUCGCCAUUUGGCUGGCAGAAGCACAUUCAGUAGCAUUCACUUCUCUGAUUCUAAGCAAACAUGAAAGCCGCAAUCAUUCUUAUCAGCCUGGCCAUGCUCAUCGCAGCCGUUUAUGUUACAGCUGAGUGCGAUCCCGAUGCCGAAGGUAUUCCAGACUGCGCAGAGCUCAGCGAUGCCGCUGGCACUACAUAUCGCAACAACUGGGAUCCUACUCAUUACUUCGAGUGCGACGGCUCAACGGUUGUUCGUGAGGCAUGUGGCCUUGGUACAGGAUACAUUGAAUCUUCCAAGACAUGCGUCAACUGGACUGUGUGGGAGUGGGAGCCAGUUUGCUAGAGAAUACAACUGAACGUCACAUGAAUAAAGAUUUUUAAUGAUUAUUACCAAAACAAA